CUGGGCAGUAGCUAGGGGCAACCUUUCCUCCUCCUCCUGCUUCUUUUCUGAAGCCUCCAUGAUUCCCCAAUUCCAGUCUGGGUUUCUCCUCUUCUGAUUAUAUUUCGUUGUUAGCCUCUCUCGCUGAUCCGAAAACACGGAAAUGCCGCAACCUCCGCAAGCAGACCCUUUCCCGCAGUCCCGACUCCAAUCCGACGGCGGAGCAGCCUUUGUUCUCGAAUCAAAAGGGAAGUGGUCUCAUGCCGGGUUUCAUUUGACGACGGCUAUAGUCGGGCCGACGUUACUGACACUACCGUAUGCGUUCAGAGGAUUGGGAUGGGGCCUGGGUUUCUUCUGUUUAACGGCAAUGGGAUGCGUCACCUUCUACUCUUAUUAUCUCAUGUCUAAGGUGCUUGAGCACUGCGAGAAAGCCGGCCGCCGUCACGUCCGCUUCCGCGAGCUCGCCGCCGACGUUUUUGGUAACUGCAUUUAAUUAUUGUCUGAGUUUCUCACUGAAGCAUUUCCGGUGAAAAUUAAUAAUAAUAAUAAUAUUAUUAUUAUUAUUAUAUAAUGAAAAUCAAAUAAGUAU